CGCCGAUGAGGAUCACUGGCAGCGUCACCGUCCCGACGGUUCCCAGGAUCUCCCGUCAACUCGCCGAAAACUCUAUUAAGUCCUUAGAGCUCUUCUUGUCGAGAGCUAAUUGCCAGUUCAGGAUCGUUGGGUAGGAGUUCACCAAGAGCGGCCGGGGAUUUCGGCACGCGGCGGCGGUCGGUGGAGGAAGAACUAUUGAAGUUGAAAAUGUUCCCGUCGUUGGUGAGAAGUUCGAUCAGGAAGGGCCCAUUGAUGCACAU